GGAGAGGUUCCCCGGCCGGAGGGCGGACAGCGGCGGCGGAUUGGAGAGGUUCCCCGGCCGGAGGGCGGGCAGCGACGGCGGAUUGGAGAGGUUCCCCGGCCGGAGGGCGGGCAGCGGCAGCGGAUUGGACCCCGCCAGAAGCUGGGAGAAGAAGCGCGCUUUUCAUUUCUGCAGAGAGCGGGAGGGAGAAUAGGUUGUGGCAUCAAGUGCUCGGUGUAAGACAACAGUGGAACAGAAAUGCAGCAGUCGAAUGGUGAGGACCAGUAUUUGCAGCAUGUCAGAUAUAUUCUGGAAAAAGGUGUCCACAAAGGGGACCGGACGGGCACUGGCACUAUCUCAGUCUUCGGGCUGCAGGCGACGUACAGUCUGAGGGAUUCAUUUCCCCUCCUCACUACUAAACGAGUAUUCUGGAAAGGAAUUCUACAAGAGCUGUUGUGGUUCAUCAAGGGAUCUACCAAUUCCAGAGAGUUGUCUGCAAAAGGAGUUAAAAUUUGGGAUGCCAAUGGAUCUCGAGAAUUUUUGGACAAACAAGGAUUCACAUCACGAGAAGAAUGUGAUUUGGGUCCAGUUUAUGGCUUCCAGUGGAGGCACUUUGGGGCUGAAUAUAAGGAUAUGUAUACAGAUUACACUGGACAAGGAGUUGAUCAGCUUCAAAAUGUAAUUGAUACUAUCAAAAACAAUCCAGAGGAUCGUAGGAUUAUAAUCUGUGCAUGGAACCCCAAAGAUCUUCCACAAAUGGUUCUACCUCCUUGCCAUGCUCUUUGCCAGUUCUACGUGGCCAAUGGAGAGCUAUCCAGUCAGCUAUAUCAGAGAUCAGGGGAUAUGGGUCUUGGUGUCCCAUUCAAUAUUGCCAGCUAUGCAUUACUUACAUAUAUGAUCGCACAUAUCACUGGAUUAAAGCCUGGUGAUUUUGUACAUACAUUGGGCGAUGCUCAUGUUUACAAGAACCACAUUGAGGCAUUAAAGAUUCAGCUCUCUCGUGAACCCAGACCUUUUCCAAAAUUGAAGAUCUUGCGCAAGGUGGAAAAUAUUGAUGAUUUCUGUGCAGAAGACUUCAAAUUAGAGGAUUACAACCCACAUCCUGCUAUCAAGAUGGAGAUGUCUCUGUAAUACUAAAGGGUGAUGGUGGAGGGGAAAAGAAAACAUGAAAUGUUCCUUGUAUUUCUUACUAAUAAAUUAUAAUGAAAGAGCUUGUUCCUUCAAUCUUGCAAGGGGAGCUGCAACUUUGUAGAAUGAUGAUGGCAUUUAGCCUGUCCUGUCUUCACCAGUUCUCUGCCAAUUCCAUUCCUCUUUCAUCUCUCACUAACAACCCCCAUUUCACACACACAAUUUGAUCUAAAUUCCCAUUGGAAAAUCCAUUUGCUUCAACCAAAGCAUUUCCCAUGCUAAUCAGGUCUGUAUAAAGCUUUUUUUUCCCCAGUGUUGCCUUUGGUUCUUUUGCCAGUCAACUUUUAAAUAUAUCAUUCUUGAUCAUUGCACCAGCAGGAACACUCUUUUCAUCUGCUCUAUCUUGACCAUUCAUUAUUUUGAAUCUCCCUAUUAUAUAUCUCAGAUUUCUCUGCUCUUUGCCUUUAGUGAAAAGCUGGGGUUGUUCAAAGCCUUUUAGCCAUGGAAAUGUUUAAAUAAAUAUUGUCUGCAUCUUAGGCAUUCACAUUUUUCCAAAAAAAGCUGCAAGUAGAAAUGGAUGUAAUGGACUGGUCGUGGCUUAGGGUGUGUUUUGUAUUUGAACAUCUAUUUAUUGAAAUGUGUGCUUUCCUAACUUGCCCUUUUCAAAUAUUUAUGCACAUAUACACCUGGAUUUGUUCAUUAUCCUUUUGGAAUUGUAUAUUGCCUCCUACUAAAGCCUAAUAUGGUUGAGUGGAAGUCUAUUAUUAUUUUUCACUGCUUCAAAGUAUUCUGUUUUCAGAUUUUUGGAAAUCCAUAUUCAAAAAUCAAUAUUCUCAGCACCUAUUCUGGGGGAACAUAAGUUUGUUCUCAAGAUUUGCUAGUGUCCCUCAGUCAUUUGGUAUACAGUGUUGUUGAGUAUUAGGAUAUGAACUUGGAUCAUAUUUUCUGGUUUAGAAGUUGUUAACCUUUCUCAGAGAACCACAUUUUUAUAGCAUUCCAUUCAUCCCAGUUGUGCUAUCCAGAGCACACUAUAGGAAUAUAGUAAGUAGCUACAGGGCAGGUUGGAAGUUGCUGCACAGUCAUUAACUUUGGUUAAGGUGCACUGUUGCUUGUCUCAUUAUUAUCCCUUCACAAUGGGAAACAGAAACCAACCACCUUGAAGGGGAAGGAUAGCUUGUGUCUAGACAUCCAGAGAGCAUGCAGUGUCAUGGAGUUUAAAUUUCUAACUUGUUUGGCUUGUUGAACUUCAAUUAAGAGUAUCAGAUUUUGUUAAUACUAACACAUACAGUAAUUGCUGUUACUUAGACAUGCAUCUUGGACAUAGUUACUUCUAGAAAUGCUGAUGUUCAAAGUAUAAUUUUGUGUCUCAAUCACAGUUAGACACGGAGACCACAGCAAAUGAUUAGGAUCAAAUAUAUUCCAAACAUCAUUUGAGGUAGUUUCAGGGAAUCAGUGCAGCAGAAAUUAGUCACAGUUGCUGCACCUGAAUAAUUAUGCAAACAUCAUUUAAUUUUUAAAAUAAUUCAGUGAUUUUUAUCCUCUAUGAAAAAACAUACACCAAAUGGAGCAUUCCAGUUUAAAAAGCAUGCUUUACAGCUGCAUGCUUCCACUUCUUUUGAAGAUUUUCCAAAAUUGUUUAAAUCUGGGAAGAAUCACGUAAUGUUUGAUAAAGUAAUGUAAUCUGAAUAUGAUUGGCAUGAAGUGUUGUCAAUUGUUUCCCACUGCAUACCUGAAGUUCAGAACCAUCUACUAGAUGGGGUGAAUCUGUGGUGCCCCCACAAUGCCAUUUUUUUCAGUGUAUGGUAAGUGCUAACAGUGGUCAAGGUUCAAUUCCAUCAAUUUGCGAAUGAUUUGAAGUACGAGGAGGAAAAUUUUUGGGUCAUUUUCUGACUUAACAUGUACAAUGGGCAACUUCAGCAAUUAAGAAUACAUUGGAUGCUUGGUAAUGCUUUUCAAUUCCAAAUUUCCAGUUGGCAUUCUGGGUAGUUCUGGCUCUCCACCAAAAGCAUACAAAGACCAGUGUAUUGUGUUACUCCCUUUCCAGCUCACAAAAUUUACAACUCAUUCAGCCCAUGGUGUUUAUCUACAAUUUCCUGAUCCUCAGCUUAUUACCUUGCAUACUAUUGCAUUUAGUGACUUAUGACCAGUCAGUGGUAGGGUGAUCCAAGAGCAAGCAAGGACCAUUCCUCUGACUGGUCCUUUUUUCAAGCAUACCUUUUGACUGGGAAUGGGCCAGUUCAAUGAAAAUUGCUGAUGAAAAAUAAGUGACAGUAAAACUGCUUUUCAUUUGUGCUGCUUUUUUUUAUUUUUUUGAGUGAUGUGUAGCCAUCAGCUGCUUUGAAUUAGUAGAUUAUGAUUACUUUUACUGUCUGAUGUGGGCAGGGUGCUGGAUGGUAGACAGGAUUCUCAAAAAUUAACCAAUUAAAACAAUUUUACAAAACUCCACUUAAAUUAAAGCAUACAAGUUCAUUGAACUAAAGAAUACCCACUAAUACCAACACUUGAGCCCUUGUUGCUGUUUUUAUUUUCAUACUUUCUUUUGUCAUAGGAGGGUCUUCGGCUCAGCAAGUCUGCACCAGCUCUCAAGCCAAACCCAUCAGUUUCAUUUCCUUGCUCGUUUCUACUCCAUUGAAAUCAAUGAUGGUGAAACCUUUGCACAAGAUCUAUGAGAAUUUGCCAGUACUGAAAGUGCCAGUGUACAUGCACAAGGAACUGCCAACUGUUACCCACAAAAUAUGGCCCUAAGAGUUUUUUGUUGCAAGGACCAAGAUUUUGGUGGACUUAAUUUCUUUCUAAAAUACAACCAGGCAUGAAAGUAGGAUAUUAGAUUUUUGAAGGAAAGGUGGAUUAAAAAGUCUGGAUGACAGCAAAACAUUCAAAAAAGUGACCAGAAUUCAAGGUGCUGGGGUGGGGAGAAACAGCAUGAGUGAAAAAAAUUAAAAGUAAACCAAUGGAAAAACCUAAGAGAAAGCUUUCUGCAAUGGUGGCCUGUGACUGUAAACUACAGCUGUCAGAUUAAAUGUCUGUAUAAUCCUCAAGUGCAAUGCUAAUAGCUGUAAGGGAUAUUAACUGUAAUCUGAUUACAGAUUGUCUAAUGCAUAUGAAAGCAGUUACAGAUGUGAUUGUGUGCAAUUCUGUUUUUGAAAAGAGAUCUGAACAAUUUGGAGACUGAAUUUCCAAAGAAUUGCAAAUAUGGCAUGGAGCAUUAGGGAGAAAACAGGUAAAACUUUUAGUUACUGGUGAUUUCAGUUUUAUCAUUAAUGUCAGAGAAAUAGAUGGCUAGAAGAUGGGGCUCCCAUAGUAUUUAUUUUGAAAUGCACCUACAGAUAGUAUAGUAGUAUAAUCAUGGUUUACCACUUGAUAAAUGUAAUAGAGAGUUGUAUUUCCAUAGAGCUUCUUCAUAACCUUGGAUUGUCACAAUGCAUUUUACAGCCACUGCCAUAAUGUCGCUGUCAUAAUAUGUACAUACACAGCAAGGUCCAAGAAAGAGUAAAAUGAUAAUCAAG